GGGGGGUUUUUCUUUAUGCUAUAAAUUUCCAUUCCUUUCUCAUUUUCUUUACCUCAAAGCUGAAAAAAUAAAGGAAAAAACAGUUGGAUCUGGAAUAAAAAAAAUGAUUUGGCUUCUCAUAUUACUUCUUCUCAACUUUAGUUUCUUUGAUCUUUCGGAGGCCAGGCACCACAGGAAGCUGCCGUCGGCUGUCAUCAUCGGUACCGUCUUCUGCGACACGUGCUUUCAGGAGAAGUUUUCCAAGACCAGUCACUUCAUUUCAGGUGCAACGGUUGCUGUCGAAUGUGGAAACAGAGGACGAAAACCGAGUUUUAGAGAAGAAGUAAAGACGGACAAAAGAGGGGAAUUCAAGGUGAAUCUGCCAGUUUUAGUGAGCAAACAUGUGGAGAAGAUUGAGGAAUGUUAUGUGGAAUCAAUUAAGAGUAGUGAACCAUAUUGUGAUGUAGCUGCAACAGCAAAAUCAUCUUCUCUUCAACUGAAGUCAAAAAAACAAAACACACACACAUUCUCAGCUGGCUUCUUCACUUUCAAGCCUCUAAAACAACCAAACCUUUGUAACCAAAAGCCACAAAAUCCCAACACAUUUGAUGACAUGAAAGAAAUAAUCCAACUCCCCCCACCCCCACCCUUCGACUCUCCGAAUUUGCCUUCACCUAUCCAAAACCCGACCGUUCCGAACGCUCCUCGGAUUUACGAUAACCUUCCUCCUCUCCCACUGCUUCCUGGACUUCUUCCAUUGCCUCCAUUACCUCCACUGCCUCCAUUGCCACCACUCCCUCCUCUUCCACCUCUCCCUAAGUUCCCAAUAUUCCCACCAAAAGCGAAUGAUGAAAAAUAUGCACCAAAUGAAACUCCAAACACAAGUGAAAAACUAGACAAGUUUCCAAUACCGCCCAUAAAGCCUUUGAGGAGGCCACAUUAUUUUGUUCUGCCUCCACAGAGGCUGCACCACCACCCUCAGCCGCCACCUCAUGUGGCGGUGAUCGGCGGCGAGCCAAUACCUAACCUUUCUAAUAUCUCCUCACCUCAGAAGAAAACUUCUCCUUGAAAUAUUUUAAGUUUAAACCCAAAAUUAACCUUUAGAAUAAGUCAGCAAUCGCAAAAUAUAUCACAAUAUUAAAGAAUUUGCAAAUAUACAAAAAUUUAAAUCCAAGUCUGCGAAUUCAUCUAUCCGUAAUAGACUAUAUCAUUAAUAAGAGUCUACUAUAGAUUUUGUGGAAUUUGCAAUUCUUUAAACAUGCUUAGGGUAGAUCCUACAAAUUGCAAUUGCACGUUUUUUUUCUUGUAUUCUUUGAGAUUGGCAUAAAAGGGUUGGUAUUGUGAUUUGGAUGGUUUGAUGAUUAUUAUCGAUGUUGUUGGGAUAUGGAUA